AGGGAUGACCAGAGACUGCGGACACAGUACAGGGAUGACCAGAGACUGCGGACACAGUACAGGGAUGACCAGAGACUGCGGACACAGUACAGGAGAUGACCAGAGACUGCGGACAUAGUACACGAGAUGACCAGAGACUGCGGACACGGUACAGGGAUGACCAGAGACUGCAGACACAGUACAGGGAUGACCAGAGACUGCAGACACAGUACAGGGAUGACCAGAGACUGCAGACAGUACAGGAGAUGACCAGAGACUGCGGACACAGUACAGGAGAUGACCAGAGACUGCAGACACAGUACAGGAGAUGACCAGAGACUGCAGACACAGUACAGGAGAUGACCAGAGACUGCGGACACAGUACAGGGAUGACCAGAGACUGCGGACACAGUACAGGAGAUGACCAGAGACUGCGGACACAGUACAGGAGAUGACCAGAGACUGCAGACACAGUACAGG